AUGUCUUCCCUUGUGCGUCAGAAAACAACGGAAACUGAGAGACGCGUUUAUUUGUUAUUGCUUUCUGUUUUGUUUUUGUCUCUGGCUGAUUCGAAUAAACAAUCGGAAUCGGAUCAAAUUACGAACAAAAGAAUUAUUUUCAAUAUUUUUCUCCUUUUCAUUCGUUUCUUUUUUCUUUCUUUCUUUCUUUCGUCUUCUUUCUUUUCUCUUCUUUCUUUUCUCUUCUUUCUUUUCUCUUCUUUCUUUUCUCUUCUUUCUUUCUUUUUUCUAAAGAGCAUCAUCCAGAAUUGUUUAUUUAUUUGUCCUCUUCUCUCUUUUCUAUUUUCUUUCUCCAUCUUUAUUCCGCCAUUGUCUCUCUCGAUUAUUCAGUCGAUAUUUCAAAAUUCUUACUUCGCGAGGCUAAUUUCUCUCUCUCUCUCUCUCUCUCUCUCUCUCUCUCUCUCUCUCUAUCUAUCUAUCUAUCUAUCUCUAUCUCUAUGUCUCUCUCCCUUCUCUUUCUCUUCCUUUUCCCACUUUCUCAACGGCCAGCCUCAGCUCGGUUUCCUGAAGCUGAAGUAA